UCUCGAUAUCUCAAUCGGAGUCGAUCAGUUUUUGUUUAGCAAGCGUUCGAUGUGACGCCCGACAACUUGCCCGUCCUUGAGCCUAACUAAAUAAUAAAUUACGUUGUGUUCUGUGCGUAAUGUAAGGGUGCGCGAUAACGAAGACGGGAUCGCAACAACGGAAACACCGAGUAUGAGCGUCGCUUCCGUAAGAUCAGCGCCACGGUAGCGACGAGAACCGCACCACCCGACUCCGAGAGGGAUUCCGCGCAAUCCGUCCUGGCAUGCUGGGGCACCACUCCGAGGCCCGGGCCUACGUCAAUCGAGACGAGGAGGCGCAGCAACAUGCCGAUGUGUUCCUCGACUUCGACGACGAUCCCGUCAGCAAGCAGGCUAUACAACACGACUGGAGCGGAAUGCUCUUCUCGCAGGAAGAGAACCCUUUCGUCGACGAAGACAAUGAUUUUAUUCUCAUCGCCGAGUGCAACGAAGUCCACGGGCCCAUGCCACUCGUAACUAUACCUCACAACAUAGGAGACAGGGUGGAGAACAUAGACAUCAAUUCAUUAGUAAUCAGCAUACUUUCAGUCGACUAUCAGCAAGUAGGAGCUUCAUCAACAUUCCCCAAGCUCGACAGCCAGAUCCUGAUGCCUAGUAUACGAGAUGAUCUGCACAUACUUGUCAACUACUCUGUCAUGUUGGAUCACAAAGCAAGGGGUUUUGUUCGUCCCAUGUGUAUUGCCUAUGCAUCAUCUGACAAAGGGAAAUUGGUAAAAAAUGCACGCUACAUUCGAUCUGCACUGAUUGAGGCAUCUUUAGCUCUGAAGCUGUACAACAUCAAAUAUUUUGUUCAAGGAAUCAGAAAUCUUCUUAAGGAUGUCAAGCACACUAGAAGAUUAAACAUAGGGUGCAAGCAGCACCGCGACAAAUUGAAUGGAUCGUCCAUCUCUGAGGCAAGCUUUCACGAGUCGCUCAGCAAGUACGAAGACAUGCUCGAAUCUGCUCUGCAAGAGAUCGAGGACUCUCUGGCAGCUGGCUGCCCAUUUGAUGCUGAACAUGCUCAGCGCAUCAAGUGCCAAGCCAAGGACUUGGUGCGUACUCUGCUAAACCUACCGAGGCUCAGCCCCGAACUGGAGAGAUUCCUGCAAUUAGCUACCGAGAAGGAGCCACCUCACGAGCCCAGGGAGCUGAAGAUCCCAUUUCAGAGGGAUUACGAGCUUGGCCUGGUGCCAUUGCGAGACAUCUGGAAGAAAGGCUUCAUCCUCUGCAUCUACUGGCUGUACGUCUCGUACAAGUUCUUCCGGAGGAGAGCAGAGAGUGUUGCCAUGUGUCUCCUGCAAGAAAAACCAUUGUCUUCAUUACGUUACGGUGCCUGUUUGAGGUCAACAGACUCGACAAGGGCAUCAGCUUCUAGCCUCGUUUCGAAUGGUCAUGUGUCGUCUCAUGACAAGUGCUCAAAGUCUAGUCAGCCAAUGUGUAUAUACUACCGCCUUGCUCACCCCGAGUGCCUGCCAUUUGAAAAGGCGGCCAAUGGCGUGUGGGAUGUGGACAGUGGAUUUCUCGACUGCUUUUCUCAUCUCCACCUUGAGAAAGGUGCAGUUGAAAGAGAGAAGGAGAACGGAAGCAUCAACCACUCGUUAGCAAGCAUGCCACUGUCUGAGGAACUAUACAGCAGGUUUGAAGAUGAAAACAGGAAAACGAGUGAGUCUGAGAAAGGCAGCUCUGUCAUGGAGACUCAGGGCAAGACAAAAGGAGCAGCAACUUCGUGGAGGUUUUGGCAUAUCAGGCAAACAAGCCAGAAAGAUUCAUCAGGGCAGAGGUCAUCCAGGAUGCGGACUACGUGGAAAGAGCAGUUACUAUGGCAAAGAAAAUGCAGUGGGAGUGGGAAUAACAUCGAAGAGCCCGGGGAAAGGAACUACUGGAGCAGGGAUGAAGAAUGUGCUGACCCUGCAGACUGCUCCAUGCAUGGGCUAACACUGGAAAAACAGUGGGAUGCCCUGCAGAUUUGUGUCCAUGAUGGGUCUGAAGCAAUAUUUCUUCAAGUGCUGAACAGGCGGGUGAAAGUGGAGGACAUUCUCUACUCGUUGCUGAUUGGCCGGCCAAUCAUCGUGGUGGGGAGGUCCCUCAGUGCGCACGAGGUUGCCGCCAGUGCCAAGGUUCUCGCUCUCUUUGCACCCCGGCGGUUCGGCGAUUUCCUGUGGUUUGAGGACCAGAGAUUUGACUCCCUGGACAGCUCAUGCCUGAACUCGGCAGCGGUGAUAGGGUAUGUUGAUGAGCAUCGAACCAAAGACUUUGGCCUGCCGUCUUCAGUCAGGAAAAAAGCUUCUGUGCUCAAUGUUGAGAUGAGUGACUUCACCGGCCCAUGUUAUGGUGGUGUACUCCUAAAGCAGACAAGCCAAAGGAUACGACUGCUUGAAGAAAAUGAAGCUCUACUGGCUGUGAUCUCAAGCGUGCUAGCAGACAUUGAGUAUGUGGCUCACAUGUGGGUCCAGUUGACGGCCAGUGCCCGAAAAACGGAAUCCAAGGCGUUCGCCAAGCAGAAGGAGCUCACAAACUGUGACAUGGCCAUACUCAAGCAUUACGAGAAGCUGAUGAGCGAUGGUCACACGAAGAAAUGAUACCUGUGUAUAGUAUAGAUGGGCAAUACAGACUGUGAUACCAGCUACAGCUAAAGAAGGAAAAGAAAAUUGCACGCCGACACUUGUACAAGAAACCACCAAAUGCCUCAUUAAAACCACUGUAGGGACAUCUGCCACCGUUCUUGAAACCACCACAACUUUUGCUGACCAAAGCGAAAUAAAUUUGUACGCUUCAUUGUUGUAACGCAUACGAGGGCUAGAAACAAGGAAUCUCACUUUUAGAUAUUAUUGAGAAGUGAAAUGAAAGCUCUGUCACAUUUUCUAAGACAAAUGUGAUGCAAAUUUUGGCAAAACAUUCUUUAAAUUGUGAGAUCGGUCUACAGUUUCUCAAUUUUUUUUUAUUUGACACCGUUAUGAUUAACAGUGCUCUGGUAGAAGAGAAUAAUCGUAAAAGGAUGCAUGAUUAACAGCUCAUUGAAGCAGUUUUUGUCAUUCUUUUAUAUAUGUGCAGACAUUAGGUCUUAUUCAAUGUAAUCAUUGUGCAUGCUCAACAAGCAAUUAAAGGGCAGUGUGCUGUUUUCCUGACCACAACACGCAUCCUAAUUGCUGAGAUCUACCCAUGGCUUUAAUUCUAUAACCCCGAACAUCCGUACAUUUUUCAAACCCAUAGCUCUUUCUUAUAGCUAAAAAAAUGACGACAUACCAGUGGAGCAUACAUGAGGCGUUCUUUACUUUUUCUGUGGCUAGGCUUUUUGUUUGUAACUACAUCGUCUUUAUUUAUUAUAUCUUUCAAGACUUGUGCCCACCCGGCAUUGAGAAAUGUAUUUAUUUCAGUGUGUUUUAUUGUGCCUGUUCUCAAGAAUCACUUUUGAAGUUGUGUGAUCCUCGCAUCCAAACAAUAUGCCGUAUGUACCAGCAGUACAGCCACAUUUGCACUUGUUGAACUGUAGACCUAAGCAUUCUUUCAAACUUAAUAUGGCUCAGCCUUGAAAAUAUAUUUUUUAAUCUAUGCAAGAAGCUUGAUGCAUCAAAUCAAGCUUUUUCUUUUUAUGCACUUUAUGGUAUAUUCAAAAGAUGACGGUUUUAAAUGCAAAUUUUCAUGCACUUUAUGGUAUAUUCAAGAGAUGGUGGUUUUGAAUACGAAUUGCAGUGUCCCUUUCUAAUGGUUCCUAUACCAUGCAUAAAUAUGUCUGGCCAUUUCUGUGUUCACAGAGAAAACAUCAGGAAACAAGAAAGUUCUGCUGUCUUGCAGGUCUUCCAACAGGCAAAGCGAUUGCCUGCAUCUUCUUUUGUUUACAACCGUUGUAGCACAGCUUAUGUUUUAUUCAUCUGUUAACUUGGGCCUCUGCUGGAAACGUCCUUAUGGCACCAGCAGUCGUGGCAGCUUAAUCUUUGUACGUACAACAGUUCCACACAUUUCUGUUACAGCAAAUGUUCUUAUAUGCACGGUUUAGCUUGUGAAUAGUGCUUGCGCAUGAACUUCAUUGAAUAAAUAAUUGUUUUAGCUUUCUA